AUGCUUUCAGACGCGUCAGAGCAGCUGAUCACGCUGCCUGCGGCUCAUUGCACCUCUGCAGCAGCUAAGGAGGUGAUUAAUGAACGCGGUAAGGCAUACGCGUUCGGUACCCUGAAGGGUGGAGUUGAGUACAGUGAAUUACAGGCUAGGACAGCAGGAGUUAAAUGUCUUGCAGAGGAACUCAUGCAGCAUCACGAAGUGCAACCACGGGAAAGUUCUGUUUCUCAUGAUGAAUGCGGAGCUGCUGAAGCCCCUCUCAGGGGCACAAGGAAGCCACCUAGCGCUUGCCGCAAAGAGGCUUUUAAAAAAAACAGCGGAGUUUCACGACACCUGCAGCUAUAUGCAUUGGCGGAGCACCAACAGCAACGUCAACAACAGCAGCACGAGCAGCGGCAGCACCAGCAGCAGAAGGAGGCCCUUAGGGAGUGUACCUUCAGGCCAAACCUGGCGCUCACCCAUAAGUUAAAGAGAUCGGUGGAACCCGCACCUCCACUUCUGAAGCACGCAGGGGCCUUUAGCUUCUCAGAAGGACGCUACGCCUUGCGGUUAGCCCCUGAGGUAUUUGGAGUAUCCGUCGAAAUUCAAAAGGGUCGCCACAGCCGGAUUUCCAUUCGAGAGGGGGAAAAUCCCAGAGAAGCAGUACGAUCUUUCUGCCGUUCCUACGGUUUGCAUGCGGAGGAGCAACAGUGGCUCGACAGCAUCAUCUUGAAGGAAAUGGCGGCUAGAAACCUCCUGAUUUUUGUGGAAGGGGACAAGCCUGGAGACAAGAAGCCACAGGCCGCACGCAUCAAAGAGGGGGAAAUACCAGAAAAGCAGGAGACCUCCCAUAAUCCCCGGCGAAACUGUAGAAGUGACGGGGCAAAAGAGGCUCCCUUGCCGCCUUUUCGUGUCAGCAAGGAAUCCAGCACGGCUACCGAGAUGAAUCAAGCCAGUGCGGCUCCCACAAGACGCUUGGAACCAAACUACAAAGGCGCCAAUGUGAAGAGAGGGGCUUCCGUAGACAGGGAGCGCUUCCAACGGCACGCCCCCACAAGUACCGCAGAUCCAGGAAAACGACACGCUCACGUUUCCACUGGCGGCCUCUACAGUAGCUGCGGGCGAGAAUGUAGAGGCCUUGUUGCCCGACCUUUCUAUGUCUCAGCAGCAGCAAGUAAAGGCGCACCAGAUUAUGACACAGGAGCACCAGCAGGCGGCGAUGGCAUUGCAUGUGCAGCAGCCACAAGAAAAUGA